UAUUGCUAAACCCCUGCUAGCAACUGCCUACGGUUGCAGACGUACAUGUAUAUACGUAGUUUGCGACUUCCGGCCGCAAAGCACACGACUCAACUUUGUCCUUCUCCAACUCGCCUCCAUAAUUUUUCUUCAAUGGCGAUUCGAGUUGGCGUUAAACAACUGCUUUAAGCCUCGCAGGACGGAUCCUGCACGCCUCUCGCUAUUUUCUCCUUCCCCGGGCGCGUUCGGGUUUGUUGCGAUAAAGCGUGUUGUUUUGCCGAGUACAAUACAAUACAAUUAAUCAGCUAGGGCCUCUCUGAGAAGUGAAGUGGUAAGAUCGCAACACUCCCAACGUCACUACGGUUGGCUCGGUUCCACUACUACUACACAACCGCCAUCAUGCCUACCAUCCAGGGCUUCAGCACUCUGAGAGCGCGCUCCUAUGUGUUCCGUCUACCGUUAUUCACGCGCGCCAUGAUUGCUGUUAUGGUGGCGUUCUGGAUUGUCUCGCUCCAAUCUACGUGGGAUGUGCGACAAUGGGGCGCCUUAAUCCCUAACGAAUUGACUCUGUCGACUAUGUACCGAGUGAAUACCUUCCCAUUAAUACACCUUAACUUCUUCCACGCCCUCUUCAACAUACUAUCCUUGACGCCGCUCCUAGAGAGAUUUGAAAACGAGUUUGGAACCUUGACCUCUCUUGCACUAUUCUUUGGCCCUUUAACAACGAUCCCGGCUUUGGUCUACAUCUUUUGGGAGAAGUUCAUCAUAAAGGGAAAUACUGCCGUUAUGGGAGCUAGUAUCUGGGUAUUUUUACUACUAGGCAUCGAGGCUAUUCGAACGUACAAGACCAACCCGUAUCUUGUGAUAGGAACACAUCAUGUUCCGACAUGGACCACCCCUUUAAUGAUGGUAUUGGUAGUUGAGGCAUUGAUUCCCAACACUAGUUUCUUUGGCCAUCUGUGCGGUGUGGGAACGGGUUAUUUGUUCGGCCUAGGCUACCUCAAGUUCCUCGCACCUCCUGAAAAGGCUCUGCGAUGGAUCGAAGCUCGCCUAAACCUGCUGGGACGAUUGCCGCACUACGUCAGCGUAGACCAGAAGACGUACGGUAGGUUCGGCGUCUUACCAACCAGCAAUUCAACCACGCAGAUGACGCCAUUAGGCUUGAUGGGCUCUACACAGCGAUUAGGUCCCUAGUAUGGGUUCCAAAGCUGCCUGAGAAGGGUAGGAAGGGCUUCAAUGGAUGCCACCCUGUAUAUAGCACGUGGUUAUUGGGCACUCCGAUAUUGCAUGACACUGGCGUUUCUAGGAGGGAAAACAUUGUUCGCAUCGCAAGGCCGUAUAUUCAUUCGCCCCGCAGCUUUUGUUCACAGGAUAUGGAGGUUGGCUGUUUAUGCUGCUAUGAAAUUUUCUGAAACCAUCGAGGGUAAUAUCUGUGACUUGUUACAGUCUUGAUGAUGUCUUUGGUUCGACUGUAUUCACUCUUCUCAGGAUCAUAACUUCCUAACCCCUAAUAUGUUUAAUUCUUAAGUCAUGACUAAAACGUUAUUAUCCUUAUUCAUAGUAUGCUCAAGGUCUAUUUCAGAUGUUGAAAGAAUCCUACCUGGAUAUCAUCUGGUUUACCU